UCUGCCUCCUUCCACGCACUGGCACUGAUGUGGGUCCAGGACGCUCUGGCGAACCCACGUUGGCACUGGCUCCCUCUCUCCACAGGCCUUCAGGACCUCCCCUGCUGCCCCUGCCUCCAGUCUCUUAGCAUGAACAUAAGGAAGCCACUCUGCUCCCACUCCGUGCUUGGGCUCUGCACCCUUGUCUCCUUGUCCGUAGCCGUCCUUCUGGGUCACAUCAUGCUCCGGAACCUCCUGCUGUUUCCCCAAGACCUUCACGAGUCCUCCCCAGAACUGUGGAAGGCUUACAGACCUCACCAUCAGGACGGUGGCCAGCCAGGGCCCCGGCACGUCCAGGAACGCCCUGACCAGCCUGGACCAGUGCCCACACGGUGUGACAUACCACCCAACAGCCGCUUUGACUGUGCUCCUGACAAAGGCAUCUCCCAGGAGGAGUGCGAGGCCCGUGGCUGCUGCUAUGUCCCCACAGGGCGGGUGCUGAAGGGUCCACCCAUGGGGCAGCCCUGGUGUUUCUUCCCGCCCAGCUACCCCAGCUACCGGCUAGAGAACCUGAGCACCACAGAGACGGGGUACACAGCCACUCUGACCCGUACCAGCCCGACCUUCUUCCCAAAGGAUGUGCUGACCUUACGACUGGACGUGCUGAUGGAGACUGAGAGCCGCCUCCACUUCACGAUCAAAGAUCCCACUCACAAGCGCUAUGAAGUGCCCCUGGAGACCCCGAGGGUCCUGAGCCGGGCGCCAUCCCCACUGUACAGCGUGGAAUUCUCAGAGGAGCCCUUUGGAGUGGUCGUGCGCAGGGAGCAGGAUGGCCGAGUCCUGCUGAACACAACCGUGGCCCCCCUGUUCUUCGCUGACCAGUUCCUGCAGCUGGCCACUUCGCUGCCCUCCCAGCACAUCACAGGCCUCGGUGAGCACCUCAGCCCACUCAUGAUUAGCACUGAAUGGACUCGGCUCACCUUCUGGAACCGGGAUGUGCCACCGUCAGCAGGUGCCAACCUGUAUGGGUCACACCCUUUCUACCUAGCCCUGGAGGAUGGUGGCUUGGCUCACGGUGUGUUCUUGCUAAACAGCAAUGCCAUGGAUGUGGUCCUGCAGCCCAGCCCGGCCCUAACCUGGAGGUCCACAGGCGGGAUCCUGGAUGUCUACGUGUUCCUAGGCCCAGAGCCCAAGAGCGUUGUGCAGCAGUACCAGGAUGUUGUGGGAUACCCCUUCAUGCCUCCAUACUGGGGCCUGGGCUUCCACCUAUGCCGCUGGGGCUACUCCUCCACCGCCAUUGUCCGCCAGGUGGUGGAGAACAUGACCAGGACUCACUUCCCCCUGGACGUGCAGUGGAAUGAUCUAGACUACAUGGACAACCGCAGGGACUUCACCUUCAACCAGGACGGCUUUGCCGACUUCCCAGACAUGGUGCGCGAGCUCCACGAGGGGGGCCGGCGGUACAUUAUGAUUGUGGAUCCGGCCAUCAGCAGCUCAGGCCCUGCUGGGAGUUACAGGCCCUAUGACGAGGGUCUUCGGAGGGGCGUGUUUAUCACCAAUGAGACUGGACAGCCACUGAUUGGGAAGGUUUGGCCUGGACCCACUGCCUUCCCUGAUUUCACCAACCCGGAGACCCUUGACUGGUGGCAGGACAUGGUAUCAGAGUUCCAUGCCCAGGUGCCCUUUGAUGGAAUGUGGAUUGACAUGAAUGAACCAUCCAACUUCAUUAGAGGCUCUCAGGACGGCUGCCCGAACAACGAACUGGAGAGCCCACCCUAUGUGCCCGGGGUGGUUGGCGGGUCCUUGCGGGCAGCCACUAUCUGUGCCUCCAGCCGCCAGUUCCUCUCGACACACUACAACCUCCACAACCUGUAUGGCAUUACUGAAGCCAUCGCCUCCAGCAGGGCCCUCGUGAAGAUUCGGGGAACACGACCCUUUGUGAUUUCCCGCUCAACCUUUGCUGGCCAUGGCCGAUACGCUGGCCACUGGACAGGCGAUAUAUGGAGUUCCUGGGACCAUCUCGUGUACUCUGUGCCGGAAAUCCUGCAGUUUAACCUGCUAGGCGUCCCCCUGGUCGGGGCAGACAUCUGUGGCUUCCUGGGAGACACGAGAGAAGAGCUGUGUGUGCGCUGGACCCAGCUGGGUGCCUUCUACCCCUUCAUGCGGAACCACAAUUCCCUGGAUAGCAGGCCGCAGGAGCCAUAUCAGUUCAGCGAGGCGGCCCAGCAGGCCAUGAGGAAAGCCUUCACUCUGCGCUACGCCCUUCUGCCCUACCUGUAUACCCUCUUCCAUGGCGCCCACGUCAGAGGGGACACAGUGGCCCGGCCCCUCUUCCUGGAGUUCCCUGAGGAUCCCAGCACCUGGUCUGUGGACCGCCAGCUCCUGUGGGGAUCCGCCCUGCUCAUCACACCUGUGCUAGAGAGUGGGAAAACUGAAGUGACUGGCUACUUCCCUGAGGGCACGUGGUACAACCUGCAGAUGGUGCCAGUGGAGGCCCUUGGCAGCUUCCCAUCUCCUCCGUCGCCCCUCAGAGCUGCUGUCCGCAGCAAGGGGCAGUGGUUGACACUGGAUGCCCCGCUGGACACCAUCAAUGUGCACCUGAGGGCGGGCUAUAUCAUACCACUGCAGGGUCCCAGCCUCACAACCACGGAGUCCCGAAAGCAGCCCAUGGCUCUGGCUGUGGCAUUAACAGCAAGUGGCCAGGCCUGUGGGGAGCUGUUCUGGGACGAUGGGGAGAGCCUGGGGGUCCUGGAGCGUGGGGACUACACACUGGUCACCUUCUUAGCCAAGAACAAUACCAUUGUGAACAAGUUAGUACACGUGACCAAGGAGGGGGCUGACCUACAGCUGAGGAAGGUGGCCGUCCUGGGAGUGACCACAGCCCCCACCCAGGUCCUUUCCAAUGGUGUUCCUGUGUCCAAUUUCACCUACAGCCCUGACAGCAAGACCCUGGCCAUCCCUGUCUCACUGCUCAUGGGAGAAGAGUUUCAAAUUGACUGGUCCUAGCAGACUCGCCUGUGUUUACGGAAGCCUCCCAUGGAGGCCGCGCGCGUGGUGUGGGUGGUGGCACCUGUCAGGCCCUUAGUCAGGGUCUCCUGACACAUCUCUGAGGUUUUUCCAUCU